UCAUAUAUAUUCGAUAUCAGAGAAAUGAAAAAAUUAUACAGAAUAUAGGUAAGGAUGUGCUCCUUUUUGUAAAGGAAAAGCAACUUUCACUUUUCCCAAUGAUGGAAAACGUCGGGCCUUUUGGGAAAAGACUAUAAAUGUAAAUUUUCGGUCUUCGAAAUCGAGGUUAUGUUCUAACCAUUUCGCAAAGGAUGUUAAUUGUUGAAAAAAAUGAAAGUUAUUACACAGUAGUUGCACAUACCGCAUAGUUGUAUUCGCGCAUCAAUUUACGCGCAGCUACGCCGUGACUGCAGUUCGUGGAUAUAAAAACAUGAGUGUGAUGAUAUUGUUCAUUAGUUUGCUUUAGUGCAUCCAAUAAGUGCAUAAGGUUGGUCUUCAUCUCGUUGAAUAAAAGCUAUUGUAUUACUUGUGAUAUAUAAAUAAGUCUAUUUAUGUCAAUUAGCCGUGUCCAUAAAAAAUCUGACUGAAUAAUCGGUCAGUAGACUCGAAUCUUCACAAUCGUUUAAUCAAAGGCAAAAUGGAAUAAUAGAAGAGUCUUAGCAUCAAUCACUGUACCGAUGUUUUAACUUUGCGUACCGUACUCAGUCCUCAGUGUAGGCUAGUCGGUCGCCUGUAAGUGUAGUCGCCGAAUAAUUGACACUUAAAAAAAAAUCACCGCUACUUAAAUUAUCUAAUAGCUGGUAAUUGAUAGACAAUUAAUAUUUUAAUAAAUUAUAAAAUAUAACGUUUGUAAAUAAUUGAUUAAAUAUAAUUGCAAGCAGGCCAGUGUCAAGGACGACAACUUUUGUAUACAAGGGACGUAAAUUUGUAAUUUAAAUUAUUUAAACAUUUAAUGAUCUGUGAUAUCUAUAAACGGAGAAAGUGUUUGUUCUGCGAGUAAAAAAUAUAAGAGUACUGUUUUAUAUUUUUUAAAUUCAUCUAGUUGACAAGACUUCAAUUGAGAUUAAAUAGAACAGAGUUAGUUGAUAUAUUUGCACGCAUAUGUAAUAUAUGUGAAGAUUAUUUAUUAUUUUUAAAAAUAAUAAUGAUCGAAUGCGACAAUAAUUCAACGAGCAUGGAUGUUGUUUAUGAAAUGGCCACUAAUGAUAUUUGGAGGUCUUGGAAUAAUGUCGCUGAUUAUUUUGAAUACCAACCCUGGGUAUUUUCUUUACUGGGAAGUGCUAUGGUUGGUCUUUCUGGUGUCUUCCCGCUGUUCAUUAUUCCCAUUGAUGAGGGAACUAAUCUUAAACAUGGACCUGGUGCUAAAACAUUGAAGAUGCUUCUGAGUUUUGCUGUUGGUGGCCUAUUGGGAGAUGUCUUUCUCCAUCUGCUUCCAGAAGCUUGGGAAAAUAAGUCAUUAAAUGCUAAAACAGUUCAUGGGCAUCCGUCGAUGGUUUGUGGGCUGUGGGUUUUAAUUGGUUUCUUAGUCUUCAUUAUCGCCGAAAAAUUAUUUAUGGAAACUGAUGACAAAGAAACAGACGAUGAUCAAGAUAUUGAUUGUGUAAAAAUUAAAAGUCAAGAAUGUGACAGCGAAACUGAAAAUAAUAAUUUUAUGCCUGUUAAUGGUCAGAUAAAAGAGAAGCAAAAGUUAUCAAAAAAUUUAGGAUUUACUCUUCCGGGAAAGAAAGACUAUGACGUUAAUUUCGUUUCCGUCAAUUCAAAUAAAAAUGACAAGUCAAAUGAUUACAAUGAAUUGUGCAGAGAAAUGCAGAGAAAAGAAUUAAAUGAUUCAGCAAAGCCGACUAAAGUUUUUAAUAGGACUUCUAUUAAAAACGGCGGGAUGAAAACAGACGUAUCAAAUAAUUUGACAUCAAACGGAAGUAUUCCGGAUAAAUUAUCAAAUUUAAAUGAACCGGUAAAAGAAAAACCGAAACAUAUCAGCGGUUAUUUAAAUCUUUUAGCCAAUUGUAUUGAUAACUUUACUCAUGGCCUUGCAGUAGGUGGAUCUUUUUUGGUAUCUUUUAGACUCGGUUCACUUACGACAUUUGCUAUAUUAAUUCAUGAAAUACCACAUGAAGUUGGUGAUUUUGCUAUUCUACUGAAGAGUGGGUUCAAUAGAUGGGAUGCGGCACGAGCACAACUUAUGACUGCUACUGGAGGAAUUUUCGGAGCACUUAUUGCAGUGUUAUGUUCUGGUAGUGGAGUUGAGUCACGAACCAGUUGGAUUUUGCCAUUUACCGCAGGUGGAUUUUUACAUAUUGGAUUAGUAACUAUUUUACCAGAAUUGCUCAAAGAAUCUAAUCCAAAAGAGUCUAUGAAACAAUUAGGAGCUUUACUUAGUGGUAUUACUAUAAUGGCAAUAUUGACGAUAAUUUGUGAUUGAAAGAUAAGGGAAAAAGAUUAAGAAAAGUAAUCGAUAUUCGGUUACAAAAGUUUGUAUUAUCCCAAAUAUGUUUAAAGUUAAAACGACGGUGGGUUAGGAACGAGUAGCUGAGAUAUACUCUAUUUUUUUAUCGAAGUCUUGUACUUGUUGAUUCAUUUUCUCCAACACUCAAUUCUUUCACAAAACUUACGCAGGCAAAGCCAUGUUUCUAAAUGCAGUCGACUACCCGUCAUAAGCCUGGUCUAGGAGACAUAGGAAAAAUUUUUCUUGGAAUUUUAGUCUCUCCACUAAAUUUUUCUAUUAUUAGUUUAUAAUUUUGACAAUUUUACCGGAGGCUUAUAACGAGGUAUCGGGUACGAAACUCCUCAGAGUCUAAGUAGAAAAAUCUUUUUGGACUCAGUAUUUAAUGAUAGGAGGAAAAUGGCUUAUAACGGGUAGUCGACUACAAUUUUUUUUCAUUAUUUUUUUUUUUGCUUUUUAUAUUUCUUUAUUGUAAAUAAUGUAAAGAAAUGAAAUUAUCAAAA